AUGACUGAUUAUCGCAAGGAAGGUGCCAAACAGCUACCGAACGUGACUCCCCAAGAGACAUCAAACACUCUCUAUACCGAGGGGGACAACAGCAGCGAAGCUCCUCGCGGCUUGACUGAUGAUAAGGAGUACAACUCCAGCUCUAGCGAGACAGACUCACACCUCAAGAAGCGUUCUGGCGGUAACGGCAAUGCCGAAUACGUGAAGAUUGGAGGCAAAACAUAUAUGACAUCUGAUUUGGAGGAAUGGCUAGCAAGAGACAGAGAUCUCGAGAAGCAGCAACCGGAAACUGAAGAAAAACCAGCCGACAAGGGUUUCGCCAACCCAAUGCCUGUUGGUCUAUCUUGUUUUGCAUUCUGUUGCUUGUUACUCAAUAUGGUCAAUGCACACUUUAGACAUGUUACUAAUAACAAAAUCGUGCUUGGUGGUGCGUUGUUCUACGGUGGUGUUAUUGAGUUGCUAAUGGGUAUGCUUUGCUACCCACUUGGUGACACAUUCGGUAUGACAGUGCUUUGCGGGUAUUCCGGUUUCUGGUUCAGUUGGGCAUGGCUAUUGACAGACCAAUCGCACAUCAUGGAGAGCUACGGAACCGACGCACAAAUGCUAAGAAGUGCCAUUGGUUUGUACUUAAUCUGUUGGGUAGUGUUCACCACUAUCUUAUGGGUGUGUACCAUGAAGUCGACAUGGGGCUUGUUCUUAUGCUUUACCUUCCUAGAAAUGAUGUUCAUCCUUCUAGCUGCUGGUGAAUUUACAAACAAAGUCAAGGUCAGCAAGGCAGGUGGUUGGUUCGGUAUAUUCAGUGCCCUAACAGCAUUCUACAUCAUAUUCUCCGGGUUGUCUAAUAAAGACAACUGUUACAUACCUUUGAGACAAUACGCUUUACCAAAGGCCAACUUCCCUCGCUAG